GACCAUUUCUUACCUUCCCACUUUGACUCGGCGGAGAUACAAUCAAACCGGAAAAGCUUGCCACCAAUUCCCCGCCAAUUUACUCGAGUUUUGCGGGCAAAAUCGGUCAAGCUUUUCCGGUUUGACUGUAUAUCUUCAGCGUGUUUUCUCGUACAAAAGAGAAAGCCUGUCAAUCUUUAUCGCCACUGCAGGUAGAGAAAUUAUAAAACCAUUCAGAGAAGCGGGCCUCUCUUCACUCACUCCCUUCAGUCUCUCCUUAAUCGAUAUCCAUCAUUUUCACAACUUCCGAAUGGCAACAUACACACAGACAUCCUUGCUGGAUUUUGUCCUUAAACUAUCACCUGGCGAUGGAGUUAACCCAUAUUCUCAGACAGAACAACAUCUCCAAGAUAUGCUUGAACCUCCUCCUAUGCCCUCAUGGAGUAGAUUGAUUCAGCGUAUUAUCAUAGCAAUCUAUGUACUGAUCUUUCUUCAAUCAUCUUUCCUCCUUUUUUGGCGGAUCAAGACGAAUAGAUUUCUCCUCAUCGGAUUGAAUGCUAUGGGUUUGAUCAAGUUUGACUGUACGAGCAUGUGUUCUUUGGUGGCAACCAUUUAUAGCUCAGUGGCAAUCACGGACUUGGUUUGGAAAGAGACCAUAAUGGACGGUUACCAUGACCAAUCCUGGCAGCUUAUUCUAUUUGGCUGCAAGUUUAUUGUGGUGAUGACUGGUUCCUGGUGUGAGUGAUACAAUACAUUUGUUCAUUGAAACGACUCUUGAUUUGAUGAAAACAAACGCGUUUCGUAGGCUUUCUGUGGGUCUGCAUUGGGCAUUGGCUACUCCAGAAAGCCAGAAAUUCACACCGGGAGCUCGACAGAUUCAUACCGCCAGCCGUUGCUUGGUUAAUGAACGGGACAUUCAUAUUAUUGGCUAUAACUCCAAAUGCUCCCAUCAUAUGGGGAUUCAUCCGGAUCAAUUCAGAAUAUUUGGCCAUCAAGACAGCCUUAGCUCCAAUCAUGAAUAAUCUCCUACGUUCAGCUAUCGAUUAUUCCCCAAACACUUACAGUCAAGCAAUGUUGAUAGCUCAAUUACUUCCUGCUCAGGCCGCCCUCCCACACUUGGACAACAUCCAGGAAUACCUUCGGGUCCCAAUGGCCUGUUAUUUGAGCAGUGUCGUAAUACUAUCCGUGGCAUACCUUCAAUUCCUUUACCAAUUAGUCAAGGAGUCGCGUAAAUUUCGUAUCAUAGCGGAAGUUGAGAGAGAAGAAGAGACUAAGUCUUAUUUGGACGAUGAAGCUGAUCGGAUAAGAUACUUGAACAAUAGAAUUCGACAGCAACACGACGCAGUGCUACAACAUGUUGUGAUGACAUACAUUUCAACAAUAGUUUUUAUUCCAGUGCUCAUUUGGAUGUUCAUCGGCUCAUUUCAAGAUGCAUAUAUAGUCAAGCCGCAUUGGUGGAACAUUGCUUUGAUUGGGUUGCAUGGUCCCUAUGCGGUUGUAACUUCCAUCUCUUUGUUCCUAUUGCAGAAGACCACGUCCUGAGUUUAGGCGAACCUUUCAGUACGUAUCAGGAUAUCAAAGGAGUAUGUUUUCACCCCAUGAUGUUGAAGAACGUUUGAUUACAAACCUUAAGCUGUGAAAAUUUCACAUCUCCCCUUUCUUAUAAACUGAAUCCAAUCUCUUCACAUUCAUUUUUAAAUUAUAAGACCUGGUUGAUCCAAUUAUUUGACUUGUCAACUUAAUCCUCAUAUUUUAUGGUUCCUAUUUUAUUCUUUAAUCACUCAAGUCUUGUUCUUGUUGAUGAAUCCAUAUCCGUAUGAAGUAAUUUAAUCUUUUUACAAACUACAAAAGCACAAAUUUCAGCAGGGAUUUGAAGUUCAAUUAUAAGACAAAGCUGAAAUCAUGAUCAUAUUGAAGUCGGAUUUUUCUCUCUCUUACAAUAGUUACCAUCCUACUAUUCCACUUUCAGCCUGUUACUUUUCAUUCUAUUUUAUUCUUUUGCUUCCAUCCCAAUUAGGCUAUGUUCCAACUACUCCCAAUGCGGUGAAUGAGACUCACAAUAACUUGUGCUCGAUUAACCUAUGUCUAGAAAUAACCAAUGUAUAAAGAGUUGUGUUUGUGUGCGCUUAUUAAGGGGUUUCAAGUUUAAUUUUUUUUAUAUGAUGUUGUAAAAAUUCAGUAAAUCUUUAUACAACUCCGUAAAAUUUAAAUUUUGACCAUUUGUAGAAAAACAUAUGUUGUAUGAUGGUGGUCAUAAAAAGAAACUUGGAUGUUUCAAUUACCCGAGCCUUUGAUGACUGGAGGUUGUAAUGAAAAUAUAUAGAAACAGCC